AUUCAAGCCCCUUCAUUUCAUAUAUUAGGUAUUCAAGUGAUAUAAUCAUGGUUGCGAUUCUCCGCCGACACCCAGUCUGCCUUAGCCAUGCCAUCAGCUUUCUUUCCAAUAAGCCGCCACGUGGCCGUGAUCGGCGCCGGCGCGGCGGGAAUUGUGGCAGCGCGUGAGUUACGGCGCGAAGGCCACUCUGUAGUCGUCUUCGAGCGGGGAAAUCAAGUGGGUGGUAUCUGGGUAUACACUCCAAAGGUGGAAUCCGACCCGAUGAGUCUCGAUCCUGCCCGAAACGUUGUUCACUCUAGCCUCUAUAGUUCCCUCCGCACCAAUCUCCCCAGAGAAUGCAUGGGGUAUCAGGACUAUCCCUUUGUACCCCGACCCGGCGACUCUAGAGACCCGAGGAUGUACCCGUGUCAUCGGGAGGUGUUGGUGUACUUGCAAGAGUUUGCAAAAGAGUUUGAAAUCGAGGAGAUGAUACGAUUUGAGACGGAGGUGGAGCUUGUGGGGUUGGUAGAAGAGGGGAAAUGGAGAGUGAGGUCCAAAGAGAAAGGAGGAGGCGGCGGCGAUGAGAUUUAUGAUGCUGUUGUCGUCUGCAACGGCCAUUACACCGAACCUCGAGUUGCUGAUAUUCCAGGCAUUAAAUCAUGGCCUGGGAAGCAAAUGCAUAGCCACAAUUAUCGCGUUCCUGAUCCCUUUCAAGAUCAGGUUGUAGUUUUGAUAGGAAGCUCUGCAAGUGCUGUUGAUAUUUCUAGGGACAUAGCUGGAGUUGCCAAAGAGGUCCAUGUUGCAUCAAGAUCAGUUGCAGAUGAAACGUAUGAAAAGCUGACAGGACAUGCUAAUUUGUGGCUUCAUUCAAUGAUAGAAACAACAUGUGAAGAUGGUUCUGUGGUUUUCAGAAAUGGGAGAGCGGUCUUUGCUGAUGUCAUUCUACAUUGCACAGGGUACAAAUAUCACUUUCCUUUCCUUGAAACCAGCGGCUAUGUGACAGUGGAUGACAACCGUGUUGGGCCACUAUAUAAGCAUAUCUUUCCACCAGCCUUGGCUCCUUGGCUCUCCUUUGUUGGGUUACCAUGGAAGGUUGCACCUUUCCCCAUGUUUGAAUUCCAAAGCAAAUGGAUUGCAGGCAUUUUGUCUGAUCGGAUUAAACUUCCAUCCCAAGAGGAGAUGAUGGAAGAUGUCAAAGCCUUUUACUUGGCACUUGAAGCUGAUGGCAUACCUAAGAGAUAUACUCAUUGUAUGGCUGAUGCUCAGUUUGAAUAUAACAAUUGGCUUGCGGCACAAUGUGGUUGUCGGGGUAUUGAGGAAUGGAGAAAGGAAAUGUACCGCGCAUCUUCCAGAAAUAAGAGACUCCUACCAGAAAUUUAUCGUGAUGAUUGGGAAGAUCACCACUUGGUUUCGCAAGCCUAUGAUGACUUCCAUAAAUGCACAUAAAAGAAAGUUAGUGGCAGCUGCAUCCUUCCAUAGUUGUUGUUUGGAGAAAUCCCAGGAUCUGUUGAAGUAAUUUGUUUAUCCUAGAAUUUUUGCUGUAAGCCGUUAAUGAUACAGGAAAGAUAGCUUCCCCAGCUUGUAAAACAUAUUAUUUUACUCAUGAGAAGGGGAAAGAAUUUUUCCCUUCUCAAUGUAUAACAUUUGCUGCAUAUACUGUCACCCGGGGGUUAUUUUUUCUUCUGUAUAAUUUAUGGUACUGUAUAUUAUAAAAUAAGGCACGUUGACUUCUUUAUAAAGUAUAUUUCUUUUGUGGAGCCA